AUGGCCACACAACAACAACUACAACAACCAUCCCUCCGCCGCUCCUUAUCAGAUUCCAAUCACCGCCGCCGACGUAGCCGCCGCCGCGCAACGAUUUCAACUACAUCGUCAAAAUCGUCAUGGAGUUCAAAGCUAGGGAAACUUCUGGCUCGUUUAGCCCUCUUGUCACGUGACUCAGACCUAACCGAAGAAAGUCUUGAAGCCCACAACAAACGAAUCAAUGACCUCGAUACCCUCGAGAAAACCCCAAAAUCCAGCCCUUAUUACCGUGGACUCACCGAUUCCUCUCUCGCCAUUAACUACCAUCACGGACCACUCAAUUCCACCCCCUACAAUGUAACCUACGCCACCUCAGCUGCCCCCUCCACCCAAUCCUCCAUCGUCUCCAAAUUCAAGGAGUACUGGGCUCCAUGCCUCCGCAAACAACAACAACAACAACAACCACCCCACACUACUCCACACAAGGUACCACCACGUCAGCACCAGAGAAUCCAAACUGUUACAACGAGUACAACGGUUGUGACAAAAGCGACGUGGUUCUCUUCGGGGUCGACGUCUGCAUCAGCGAAUUUCAAGGAGGAGAUGAGUAGUGAUGAGAUGAUGACGAAAAAGAAGCUGUUGAGGGAGAGAUUAGUUGUAUCGAAUGGCGGCGAACGUCGUGACAGAGGUGGCGGCAGUGGCAGCGGUGGAGGUGGAGUGGUGGUGGUGGAGGAGAUGGAAAAAGAGAGGUAUAGUUGGGGAGAUAAUUAUAGACCAAAAUUUUUGGAGGAUUUUAUAUGUAAUAAAAAAACGGCAAUUGAAUUGAAGGAAAUGGUGAAAGAAAAAGGAUGCGGACAUUAUUAUAUAUUUGAAGGAGCACCUGGAGUUGGGAAGAGGACUAUGAUUCAAGCUAUGCUUCGUGAAGCUUUUGGAAAUCAAUCAGUGGAGGUGUAUUAUCAGUAUGACUUAAUAAACUUUCCCAAUUCCCCCUACAUUAUUAUACAUAAAUCAUAUAUGCAUUGUUAA